AUGGCAUUACCACUGAUGCGAAGCAUUCGAUCGAUGUGGGCGGCUUCGCAAACUGACGUCGAUCGGGAGCUGCAAGAUGUCUCACAUCUCCGAGGGGGGGAGAGGGGGCCCAAGCACUUUGGGAGAACCCGAUCAGACGGAACCUACAUAUUUCUGACCUGCCGAUACGGUGAACCGGAAAUGGAAACGUUACGUGCCUUUGAACAAUUUUUACAUCAGGGCUUUGACCCCAUGGAUCCUUCCGCUCUGCUAAUUGGCAUGGGUCUCACCUCCUUGGCAUCACAACGAGGGACCCCAGGCCAUAGUUAUGCUGUAUUUGUUGGUGCAGGGAGGAGGGAACUGGCAAGAUCCAUGCAUCCGGAUUCUCAUCCCAAGGUAACCAGGAGUCCCUUGAGCGGUACCGAGAAGAUGCUAGCCGUUCGAGAGAAGCAAACAGAAAUUAACUUUAGCCUGGGCCGCAAACGCCUAUCACAACUAUUUACGGCAGUUGUUCAGGAAAUUCCUGAUUAUAUUCUUCUGGGAGGGGUUGAGUAG